GCCCUGAUUUUAACCAAAACCAUUCUUUAAAUGACUUGCUCAAGAAUUACUCUCGUAUUGGUUUCCAGGCAACUAGUGUUGGUCAAGCUAUUAAUGUCAUCAAUCAAAUGCGUAAUUGGCGUUUGUCUGAUGAUCCAAUUUUACCCGAUGAAUCCGAUGAUUACAAACUUCCGGCCGUUCGUUCUUCCACAAAAUGCAAGAUUUUUCUCGGUUAUACAUCGAAUCUUGUAUCAUCAGGACUCCGUGAAAUCUUCCGUUUUUUAGUUCAACAUUCUCUCGUGGACGUAAUCGUCACAACUGCUGGUGGUGUGGAAGAAGAUUUUAUAAAAUGCUUGGGUCCGACAUAUUUGGGUGAUUUCCAUUUACCCGGCGCCCAAUUAAGAAAACAAGGAAUAAAUCGGAUUGGAAAUUUACUAGUACCUAAUGAAAAUUAUUGCAAAUUUGAAGAUUGGGUUGUACCAAUUUUAGACCGUUUGUUAGAAGAGCAACAAAGCGAGGGUAUAAUAUGGUCGCCUUCAAAAAUAAUCCACCGCUUGGGUAAAGAAAUCGAUAAUCCUGAUUCAAUUUACUAUUGGGCAUAUAAAAAUGAUAUUCCUGUUUAUUGCCCGGCUUUAACGGAUGGCUCUUUGGGUGACAUGAUUUAUUUUCAUUCUUUUAAAAAUCCCGGUUUAAUUAUCGAUAUAGUGUCUGACAUUAGGUCGAUAAAUAAUCAAGCUGUAUUCGCUAAAAAAACUGGUGUUAUUAUAUUGGGUGGUGGUGUAGUGAAGCAUCAUAUAUGCAAUGCUAAUCUUAUG